AUGUGGGUGAACGAGCCCGUGGAAGAACAGCAUGCAUGGACGGCAGUUGACUUUCAGCCUAGGAACUUGGAUGGCACAGGAUGGAGGGGAGAGGAGGGAAAGGGAAAGAUGGUCAGUCAGAGUGAUAAGGCGAGGGAGAAGGUGUUUCCAACCAAGGAGGAAGAAGCAACGCCGAAGCAACGUGGCUUAUGCAGGGAGAAGACGAGGCAUGUAUUCCUUCCGCUCCUUGCAAAGGCGAAAAGGUGCCAUUGGACCCUUUCUUUCCCUCUUGGCCUUAAACGGGAAGAGGCUAAAAUGCUCCAAGUUCUCAACUCCCACCAAGAGCCACCAGUUGUCGGCGCCUCUCGCAUAUCCCUCAACUCGUCGCCACCCAACACCGUCACUCCACAUUCCAAUAUCACGACGCCUUGCAUUUCCUUGGACAACCAGUUUCCAGGAGUCUGGAAUUCCUCGACUCAUGGUUUCUUUUCACGUGUCCCGGCCUCCACUUCACCCGCUCUGAGUCUGCACGACAUGGCCACAUGUUUUGUUUUUGACCCGGGGACUCGGGAGCCGUUGGUUGCACAGGGACAACCACUAUCGUCGAAUAUGGAUGCCGUGCUGAAGGGUCUUGUCCUCGCAAGACUUCUCUGCUCAAUAUUCUCACGAGACAUUGGCAUACACAUACGUACAUACAUUCACCGACGGGUUAUCUGCUGCGUUGGUCCACGGCAAACUGUGUGGGCACGUAACGCAUCCACCGUAAAGACCGCUAUGCCUCCUCCGUCCCUCGAUCAACGACGGCUCGUUUCCCCCUCUACAUUCCGCACGUUGCACAGCCAAGCUUCUCGUCUCGCGCUCCAGUGUUUCUUGUCGCCGUUGCACAAGAACGUAGAGGAAACUUCCACACCAACGACAAUUUCUGCUAACAGGGCGGGGGCAAUAGACUACACCAAGAGAGGUCAUCGCCGUUCUCGAAAACGUGCUUCGCAGCAUUGCAACAAGCGGCCCCCGUUAAAUUGUCCGAAUUCAGCCGCAGGAGAUAGUCCCCGCUACGGCCAUGAGGGAAGAAUGAUGAAUGGAAAUGUGAAAAGUGGCCACGGCUCUUGCGAGACAUCGCCAGACCAUCCGGUUUCCUGGCUCCAGAGUCCCAUUGCUCGCCAACGCCUCUUCGCCCUUUCGCCUCUCUCUUCCAUGUCGACUCAGGAGUGUGAGGGGCGGCCGUCCAAGAGGCAAGCCAGGCCAGACACCCACAUACGUCGACCCGUAUUGCAUGAGAGGAAUGACUGGCGUUCAGGGGAAAAGCAUCGCAUACGGCUGGACCUGAGAAUCGUCAUUUCAAACAUUCCAGGUGGGAAGGGAGGUGGGACAUCCAAUGCCGCUCAUAUCGAUGGAAGUGGGCAAGAGGCGACAGGAACAGCAUUCUUGGUCCUCACGACGAGAAGCUUUCAAAUACAGCCAAGAUUCUCCUCCCAGAUUGUCGGUUUUCCUCCUUCUCUCCACCGCGCUUCGACUCACACUCGCUUCUCCUUUUCGUCCGUCUCAACCUGGUUCUUCUCCCGGGGGCAAGUUGGGCAGUCAUUCGUUCUUGUUGCUUGGUUCUUGCUUGCGCCUGUCACUCUCUAG